AAAUGGAAUGAUAAAUAUUCAAUGCGAGCCCUGCUCGGCACCCUGCUAAUUAUCCCAGAUGGCUAACGGCUAAGCUAACCGGUAAACUCGUGUUGUCAGUGUCUUUAAUCCAAACUCUGUUGGCUUUGUACCCCAGAUCGUGCAAACCACUGGGCACAAUAAAAGUCUAUAAACAACGUAAGUGAAAACUGUAUUUCACUGGAUUUGGGGGGACCAAAACUAUACGUUACAAGAAGAAAAGCAAAGCCAGUCAGUCCAAAUUGACAUGAUUCUUCCGAAUUGACUUCCUUACACAACACACGUCACUGUGACGCGUUGCAUUCUGGUAAAUGCAGUUAACCCAGGUUUAAGGUUGUAAAUGUACAUGACUUAACCAGACAUACGCGUUUUACUGUUUGAGUUUCUCGCGUUUCCAGCUAAUGUUCGAACAGGGAAAAGAUAAAAAUGCAGUCAUUUUGAUACUGGUGCGUAAUUGUUUAAACAUAGUUAAAGAGAAAAAAACUACAAAUCCCAGUAUCUGACGUCAUUACGUAUGUACGUCUAGCAACGGCGAACAGCUAAAGGAAAAAACAGCCGCUUCCGUGUUGUUCUUGUGUUAUUUUGUCAAAUAACUGUCGUUAGCGGAGUCAAAGCUCGCCUGACAGCCUCGCCGGAGUGUGAAUAUCAUGGUUUUGUGAAGCUGACACACAGCGUCAGCCUUUUUUCAGCCAAAAUGUCGCUGCUGCAGAGCUCAAAGAAAAAAGACAAGCGUAUUUUGUCUGGUACCUGCCCAGACCCGAAAUGUCAGGCGAGGCUUUUCUUUCCUGCUUACGGCUCCGUUAGCAUCGAGUGUACCGAGUGUGGUCAGCGCCACGAGCAGAAGAACCUGCUGAACGUUGAGGAAGUCACCGACCCCGAUGUCGUGCUUCACAAUCUGCUCAGAAACGCCCUGCUCGGCGUCACCGGGGCCCCGAAGAAGGGGACCGAGUUGGUGAAAGUGAUGGGGCUUUCCAAUUACCACUGCAAGCUGUUGUCGCCCGUGCUCACCAGGUAUGGCAUGGACAAACAAACCGGCAAAGCCAAGCUUCUGAGGGAGAUGAACCAAGGGGAGAUGUUUGACUGUUCCAUCCUGGGAGACAGAGCUUUUCUCAUUGAGCCGGACCAUGUUUCCACCAUAGGCUAUGGCAAAGAUAGGUCAGGGAGCCUUAUAUACCUCCACGACACUCUGGAGGAGGUGAAGAAAGCCAACGGCAACAGAGAGUGUCUCAUCCCGGUGCAUGUGGACGGAGACGGGCACUGCCUGGUCCACGCCGUGUCCAGAGCUCUGGUGGGGAGAGAACUGUUCUGGCAUGCCCUCAGAGAAAACCUCAAACAGAACUUCAAGCAGAAUCUGGAACGCUACAAGGCGCUUUUUCAGGACUUUAUAGAUGCUGCAGAGUGGGAGGACAUCAUCAACGAGUGUGACCCCCUUUUCAUCCCACCAGAAGGCGUACCCCUUGGACUACGCAACAUCCACAUAUUUGGCUUAGCCAACGUCCUCCACCGACCCAUAAUUCUCCUGGACUCCCUGAGUGGGAUGAGGAGCUCCGGGGACUAUUCUGCCACCUUCCUGCCUGGACUGGUGCCGGAGGAGCAGUGCAAGGGGAAAGAUGGGAAGCUGAACAAACCCAUCUGUAUUGCCUGGAGCAGCUCCAGCAGGAACCACUACAUCCCUCUGGUGGGAAUCAAGAACACGGUACUGCCAAAGCUGCCACCCCGUCUGCUGCCAAAGGCCUGGGGCGUCCCUCAGGAGCUCAUCAAGAAGUACAUCAAGUUAGAACCGGAUGGGAGCUGCGUGAUUGGCGGAGAUCGUAGCCUGCAAGAUAAAUAUCUGAUGAGGCUGGUUAACGCCAUGGAGGAGGUAUUCAUGGAGAAGCACAGCAUCCACCCGUCGCUGGUGGCUGACGUGCACCAGUAUGUCUACAGGAGGACUGGCGUGAUUGGCAUCCAGCCAGAGGAGGUCACAGAGGCAGCAAAGAAGUCAGUGAUGGAAAAUCGGUUGCAUCGCUGCCUGAUCUGUGGCGCCCUUUCUGAGCUCCACAUCCCACCGGAGUGGCUGAUUCCCGGCGGUAAGCUCUACAACUUAGCCAAAUCCACACACGGCCAGCUGCGGCCGGAUAAGAACUACAGUUUCCCCCUCAACAACGUGGUCUGCUCUUACGACCCCCAGAGGGACGUCCUCCUCCCAGACUACAAACUGAGCUCCCUCAAUACCUGCAACUGGUGUCACGGCACGUCAGUCCGCCACAUCCAUGGAAACGGCUCGGUGGUUUAUUUGGAUGGGGACAGAACCAACACCCGCUCCCAAGGAGGGAAGUGUGGGUGUGGCUUCAAACACUACUGGGAGGGGAAGGAGUAUGACAACCUCCCCGAGGCCUUCCCCAUCACGCUGGAGUGGGGGGGUCGGGUGGUGCGAGAGACAGUGUACUGGUUCCAGUAUGAGACUGACCCGUCGUUGAACAGCAACGUGUACGAUGUGGCCAUGAAGCUCGUCACAAAGCACUUCCCGGGUGAGUUCGGCAGCGAGAUCCUGGUGCAGAAAGUGGUCAACACUAUCCUCCAUCACACGGCCAAGAAGAACCCAGACGAAUACAACCCCGUGUCCAUCGACGGGGCUCAUGUCCAGCGCCUCACUGAUGCCACCGAGGCUCAGCAGCCGGCGGACCCCCAGCCGCCCACGAAGAUCAUCCUGACGGGACAGAAAGCAAAGACGCUGCACAAGGAGGAGCUAACAAUGAGCCGAGCAGAGCGCAGCAUCCAACAGAGCAUCAGUGAGCAGGCCUUCGUCACCCAGAAGCGUCGGACUGACAAACUGAAGCAGGAGCAGAAAGGCCAGGGCCGGACUUCUUCACCUGGAGGCUCUCCGGAAACCUCCUCCUCUUCAGCUCCAGCCACACCCACCAAGUCCUCCUCCCCAUCUUCAUCCAAUAAGGAGAAAAAGAUUCGUGUGACUACGAGUGACGGCAGACAGGCCAUGCUGACUCUGCAGGCCCACACGACUUUCUCUGAGCUGCAGAGGAGCAUCAGCAACCAGUUCAGUGUGUCGCCGGCGCAGCAAUGCAUCCGCUACGGUUUCCCACCUAAAGAGUUGGUCCCACCAAAAGAUGGUGAGGAAAACGAGCCAGUGGCGCUGCAGCAUGGUGACAGGGUGACUGUGGAGAUCCUGAAAGGCCCAGAGGACAAGAGCCCUGCAGCCUCCAUCCCCCGAGCCUCCAGCUCGCACUCCGCCCUGCAUUCAGUGAAGAGCGAGGACGCCGUGACGCCCGGAAGAAUGAGCAACCGGGAACUCCAGGACAGCAUCGACCUUGAGAUGUCCUCCCUCUGUCUCCUAGCAACGUUAAUGGGUGAGGAUGUUUGGUCGUACGCAAAGAAGCUGCCACACUUAUUCCAGCAGGGCGGCGUCUUCUACAACAUCGUUAAGAAAGACAUGGGCCUGAUGGACGGGAAGCACUGCACGCUGCCUCACCUCACAGGGAAAACCUUUGUUUAUAACGCAGCAGAGGAGCGUUUAGAGCUCUGCGUGGACGCUGCCGGUCACUUCCCUGUUGGGCCUGAUGUGGAAGAACUGGUGAAGGAGGCGCUGGUGCAGCUACGCUCUGAGGCGUCCAGUAGGGGCAGCAGAGAGGGCAGUCCCUCCCAUGGCGUGCUGCGGCUGGGCAGCGGCGGUGUUGUUCGUAAAAAGGAGCAGCUGCAGAGUGUCACAGCCUUUCAGGGUAAAGGCCACUCUCUGGGCAGUGCCGGAGGCUCCUCACCACCAGAACACCGCCCUAUCACACGACAGCACAGCAGCGGCGUGGACCUGAGUGCCAGCGUGUCCCGUGGACCCCCAGACCUGUCGGACAUCCCUGAAGACACCACCAGGGAGCUGGUCCGCAUGGCUCCGGGCUUCGUCACCAUGAAGGACGGCCGUGGACUCGACCCCAGCCUGAUGGAGCAGCAGCGAAGGAAGCUGCAGGAAAUGGUGUCCUCCAUCCAGGCCUCCAUGGAGCGGCACCUGAAAGAGCAGCAGAGCACCGCCUCCGCCUCCGGAGGUAGGGCUGCCCAGGAGCCAACGACCGGGAGCCAGGCAGGAGAGGACCGGUCGGUGUCUACAGCUGACCACAAACCGCCAGCUGCAGCAGGGACGACGGCAGCCAGCAAACCUGACCAGAAGGUGGAGGAACCGGAGGAGAUGGACAGCCAGGACGCCGGGCAGAGUAACGCCACCGAACCCAUGGAUCACUCCUGAUCAUGCCUGAGCCCCAGCACCGCCCCACCCCCGCACCCGCCUGACCGGCAUCUGUGGGUCAUAACACCUCAGGUCGGAUCCUCAAGCUUUGGUCUUCAUCGUGUUGCGUUGUCUUUACUGCAUGACUAAGAGCGGGCCGACCGUCCUCGCCGCUGCGAACUGCAGGUGGGACAGCCGUCGAUGAAGCGAUAUAUUGUGACACGCUGUCGGCGAUAUAUCAUCGAUUCACCCAUUUCACAGAUCUGUUGCAGAAGCCGUUGCCGUGUGUGUGUACACUGUAUCCACUUUAGCUCAUCUGUCAGCACCACUCUAUGAAAAUUUAACAUAUUAAUUAAUUAAUAAAUACAACAAUGUGAUCCCCACAUUAAUCCAGAAUAAGUUUUUCUCUUCAGUUGAUGAUGUAUCGUGAACAACUGUCUCACAGUAUAUCGCAGAGUCGUCCAUAAGGUGACGGGAUUCUGUCGUUAGGCCUGUGGUUCCCACCUGCAGACGUCUAAUCCUCUCGAUGUGAACAUGGAGGAAAAUCCGGUGAGACGCAUUCCUGUAGAUAGAAGAAGAAGAAGUCUUAAUCUGCCGCCAGGAAGGAGAGUUGCUGGCCGCCACCAGUGUCGUGUCCUGCAAACAUGCUUCGGUCAAAGUGCACGCUCUGAAAAGUGCACCGGCCUCCGUACGCAUCAACACAGAAUCUGCUUUCCACCAUCCGUUUGUCUGUCUGAGAUCCGCAGGGAGAACUCUGAUCUGUGAUUGUUUGAUUCCUCCUUGAUGACAUUUUAUUUUUAUUUUACCUUUUUGCCCCUCUAACCAUCACCAGUUUAAUGGUUUAUAUUCUAGAAAAAUCAGAAUGAAGGUCCUCACAACCUCCAGGCAGAAAACUAACUGCAGUUUCUAUUUGUUGUAUCUGAAAAUUUACAGCGCGCUCUCAUCUCCACGUGUGACAUAUUGCAGUUUUGUGUGAUGCCACCUGCGCCUCAACAUCAGUAAUAAGGCGUCUGUUGAUAUCUGUGCCUUGAUGGCUGUAGCAGUAUUGAACAUGUACUGUGAGAGACCUACAAAGUCCACAUAAGCAGGUUUGUUGGUAGAAUUUGUUCAGUGGUCCAAAUCCCGUUUGGACCGUUGUGUUUUGCACUUUCAGUUUUUUGUUCUGUUUUGCUUGUUUUUUACUUGACAUUUCAUUUGCUUUUUAGGUUAAUUAUAUGGAAAAGAUGGCCUUGUUGUAUUUGUGCUCUUGUUAUGGCUUUUUUUAGCAUGAAAUGACUGUAACCAUAUUUAAAUGAGAAGCUGAAUUGCUCAGUUACCACCUAACAGUAGUUAGGUUGAGCAGAAAGCUGCAUCCAUAAGCUGCACACGGGCACAGAUGUCUGGUAAUUACUGCCAAUCAACAGACGAAUAAAAUACUGGAACGGUCUCUUAGAUGGUUUGGGCAGCUCGGCACAAUUUUAAACAUCAUUAAAAAAUUCCCCAAAAUGCUCCAACAGCACAAACACAGUCCAGAGGUCCAGUUCAGUGACUGUGAUUAGCUGAGGUAAAGCCUAACAGCUAACAGCUACACCUGCCUGUGUCACCACCCACCUGUCAGGGGCCACGCCCCCAAUAAUGCAAACUUUAAGCUUUAUCAGGAUCCAAAUGAAUAAGUUACAUACAAUUAACAUUGUUUACAGUUCAUCAAAUUUUUAAUAUUUUAACUUGGGAGUCUGUAAAGGCUAAGCUCGAGUGGCCAUUAGCUUCAUUAUCUUUAGGCCUGGAUGUUUCUGGUUGGUUGAGCUUCUUAAAAGAUCUUAGUUUGGGUUCCUGUGUAUCCCACUUCACCGUCAGUGGACACCUCGUGUGUAAAUGUGGGUUUGACAAAAAGUGUUACGUGUUAAAAACAAGAACUACUUUAUUUAUCACAUAUUUGUUCCAGCUGUAUUUUUUUUCACCUUAUGUAUCCCGGGUUAAAUAUUUUACAUUUUUAACCCCUAAAUAGAAGUUUCAUCUAAUCUCCAAACACUGGUGCAGAUUCAUGAGGAUCUGUGUAAAUGUAGCAAUAAAAUGCCAAAGAUGUGUUGGAGAUGCACAUUUAGUCAACAACAAGCACUUAUGAUUUUUAACUAUAAAAUUCCCAAGACCGCCUCGACGUGAUGUGUUUGAACAUAAAUGUUACAAUCCACUCUGCUCUGGAUGUCGACUAUUUUGUGUUUGUUAUUAAAACUCUUAAAAUCAGUACCUGAAAAAACUUUUGUGUGAGGUUUAGAGGGACGUAAAUAUCAUGAAGCAAAAGAUGAAAUGCCUUGAGAUGUGAGCAUGAAUAUGAACUUGAGCGCACUGCAACAAAGAGAAAUUGUAUUUUUUGCCUGCAGGUGGUGCCAUGUUGAAUGUGCAGCAGUUAUUAACUUCCUGGAGGUCGAUGCUUCUCCUCGGUUCACCUGAAAACACUGUAAAAUAACUCUGCACUGGACUGUUAUCUUAUGCUCAACAACUACCUUUCCCAUGAGUCUUAGCCACAGGAGCACGGUUAAAGUAUUAUGGGAGUCGAUGUCAGCGAAAUCAAAAAACCUUUAGCCUCUAGAAUUUUUAGAAAAUCCAAAAUGAGCUUAGUGAGCUGCGAAGCUUUGUGCAGGUUAAAGCAAACGGCUCCUCCUUGUGGAGAUAUUCUCAAAAUAAAUUUGUGAACAAGUUGAUCUUCACAUCCCAAUAGUAAAACGUGUGCUCAUCAGCUGAUCAGGUUACUUCAUAAAAGGCCCAAAUAUCAAAGUAAAAAACCUAAAGCUCCAUUCAGGUGGGAUUCAUGUCUCAGUGGUGCUUUGGUGUGGCCUCAGGAGGCUUCUCCUCCUCCUUCGCUCUGAAGAUGAACCUUCUGCUCCUUCCUAACUUUCUGUUACUUCAAGGUUAGGUUCUCGCUUCAUUUUUUUCUCUUUUCAAAAGCGGAACGCAGCCAAAGAGUUUAAAUUCUUGUGAUUGAUCUAAUUUUUGGUAGGAGGAAGUCCUCAGUGGGCCUCUGUGCUUCUGUCCCUAUGCAAACAUCUUAACUGAACUUCCAGGUCUAAACACUACCAACACAUUUCAGCUGAACCUUCCAGAGUCACCACCAGGUGGCCCUGCUGUCAGUGAAGGCGUCUCAUAGAGAUGCACUGAUUGUGGAAAUCAUUUAAAAAGUAAAAUGUCAUUGUUUUUAAAAAAUUAUUCCAGCUUUUGGGAAUCAUAUAUUACAGUUUUUCACUCUCUGAAUGAGAAAGAAUUCACUUGUACAAAUUAAGGAGGAUCGAUAGGAAACAAAGUGACCGUCAGCGAGCCGAUCAUCAGCUAGUUUUUAUGUUCACAGUAAAUCAGUGCAUCUCUCAUCUGUAAGACCGAAUCACAAACUGGAACUGAGAGAUUUAAUUAAAUCUUCCCUCAGUUUGGCGACAGCAGAUUAGAGAACAAGAGUUUAUUAUUUUCACUUCCCCGAGGCUUUAACUGCUCCUUUAUUCCUGUAACGCUGCAGGGAGAAAAGGCAUCUUUAGAAGCGUCAAAUCAGUUUUUAUGCAUUUUAUUUGCUACGUCUGGAACAUCAGGCAGGUUAGAGUCGCAGCAUGUUCCCUCAGCAUGUGACUAUUCUCAUUUUAAAUGUUACUUUCACACUGUUGCCCACAUGUUUGCUCGUUCUAUAUGAAUCAUCAAGAAGCUGCUGUUUUUGUCAGAAUUACCUGAAAGACAAAUCCUCAGAGACGUUCAGCCCGACACUAAAUGUCCAAAAGUAUCAUCAUCGCUGACCUGUUCCUUGUUUUCUGGCCACGCCCACUUCAGAAGCCAAUUUUUAUCAGUUAGUGUCAAAAAGAAUAAAGCUGGAUUUCUAUUAAAGCAUAAUCUCAUUGAGCUUAUUUUCUUUCUGUUCUUCCCCUGGACCUCCACGCUCCGCCUGCAGUGACUCCAUUAAUGAGGCCCAGCGCUCCUCACAGUUUGAAAACCACUAAAUGAAAUCAUUAUUACAUAAAGCUCUUUAUGCAGCUGCUGCUUGGAUUUAAUGUUGAAUAAGCUCAGAGAAGCAGGAUCACAGGUUCCUGAUGAAGAUCAUUUUGGACAUUUUUAAAUGUUUUCAUUGUUCACACAGAGCGCUUGGUUUUACUGAAAAUGGACGUCUUAGUUGUGAAUCACUAGCUGCUAUUGUCAACUAUACAUGCAGAUCUUAGUUUUAGUUAAUGAGGAACGCGUUCAGAGCUGUUCACACACUGCAGAAAGAGUUUUACAACUCUAAGUUGGCCUCCAGACUUCUGGUUUUUACUUUCAGUUAGUGUCUGCUCUUCCUGCUGCAAAGGAAACUUUUCCCUCUUUCAGCAUGAAACAGUGAAACAGAUCCAGAUGUUAGAGCUCACUCUUCAGCAUCUGGCAGGCAGGCUGAAGCCAGAGGAGCACGUUAAUGCAAAUGCUGCCACUGUCACACAUGGACAGGCUUUAUAAGGGAGGCAUCACAUGUAUGUUUCUUCAGUGUUUGAUGUUCAGAGGUGGGUUUUGCCUUUUUGUUGUUGUUUUUUGCUGGCGUCGUUAUAGUAACAAACCUAGUCACUCAGCUAACUGACAGAGCUAACUAACAAGGUUAGCUGUGGCAAGGUUUGUGCAGCUCAGCACCAAAACAAGAAGUUCAAGAUCAUCUGUGGGCUCUUAGGUAUGAACAAACAUCUGCCACACACUCAAGGUGUUUUCAUAACCUGUGUACAGCUUUGAUCUUCAUCAGAGGUUCAGUCUUUUCUUGGUUCGUAGUAGUACUGAAUUAUUUGUAAAAUCACGAUGUGAUUGGCUGGAGAUUUGUUUAAAAAUUAGGACUUUUAUUCAGAGGCGCUGCUGCCUGAAAUCCUGAUGUCAGUUUUCAGGUUCAUCUUCACUGUUUGACGGGAAGACCACGUUCAGUAUGAACUCUAAACUGUUGCAUCUGCAGCACAGAGCUAGUGUUUGGCUCUUUUCUUUUAAAUAUUGUGUUUUCUAACAGGAACAUUGGUGUGUAUAGUGUACAGUAUUUUGGUGUUUGUGUACUUUUAAUUUGCAUGUUGAUUUUUGGGGGACUUUUUGAGAAAAACAGCAGCUUCUUUUCAUGAUUCAUCAAAUCAGAGUUUCAAACAUCGAUCUGACUUUUACAGAAACAAACUGGGUCAUUUAUGCUCACAGUCUGAUUCGAUGCUUUUGUAGAAAUAUGCAGAUGUUUUUCGUUGUGUUCUGGAGGCAAACUUUGUGUUUUUGCUGAACUGUUCAGAUUGAUAUCCCUGUCACGCCUGAGCGGCUGGUUAGCUUAGCAUUAGCAAACUAGAUGGCUCUGAACUCUAAAUCUCACUGACGCGUUUGUUAAAUCCGUGUGAAGUGUAAAACACGACACCUGCGAGUGGCACCGAUCUCUGCUCCAUCACAAACAUGGGAGGCAGUUUCCGCUCAUGCGUUUUUGCCAACACAGAUGUUUCUCCACCUCUCCAUGUUGCUUUUGUAAUGAAUCAUCAGGCCUUAAACUGUGCAUAAAAUGUUUUACACUUAGGUUCUUUUGCUUUAACCUGCGUCUCUUUUAUCUCGACUGUUUCUAAUUUGAACUCGAGUCUUUAUAUUUUCACUUUUUUGGCCUUUUUGUUUUCUGGUUUGGCAAAAAAAAAAAAGAAAAAAAGUAUGUUUCAGAAUUACGGUCCUUCUGUUUUUGCCGUUAAGAUGAACAAAUGUAAGGCUUAGCACUUCGAGGAAAACAGGAAUGUUAGCAUAGCAUGCCCGUAUUAGCCGAAUCAUCAUCAUCAUCAUCAGUCAGAGAGGAAGCAGGUCGGCAGCACGAAUCAGGAGCAGGAGAGUUUGCUCAGAUCAGACGACACUGCUGUAACAGACUUGAAGUUUUUCUUUGUGACUGCUGUACUAAUGACAUGAAUUGUAACCCACCUGUAUAAUAGUAUAUAUUGUAGUAUAUUUGGAUCUGUACAGAAACACAGAUUGUUCAGUUCCUGCAGUAAUGAUUUCUUUUGUUAACUUCUCUCUGGUUUGCUAAUAAAAUAUUGAUGAUACACGGCUUCGACAUCGCUGUUUGCAUGCGUGAUAAAUUUCCAACCCCGACAAUAAAAUCACUUCCUUCACAUGU